AGAUUAAGUCGCAAGGAAAUGACAGUUCAUACGACACCUAGAACUUCAGCUGAGUUAAAAAAUAAUCAUAUGCGACAAGUAAGACUGUUAAUGUUCAUGCUUCCACUGCCAAAUCCUCAUGUAUUACAAUGGAUGUCUUCAUCUGACAGCUCAAAGUGGGCGGUGACAAAGGAUUUCAUAUGCAUUGGAGAUCUGAACAGAAAUGAGCAACAAUUGAGCCGAGGAGGGGGACUUCUUUGUAUGAGGAACCCCGAAGUUGCAGCCCAGUUUGAAUCUCUGGUAGCAUGUUCUUCUGUACUAAAUGAAGAUGUUUCGUAUGUUGGUUAUAUGGUUGAAGCUGUAGCAGAUAUGUUCUUUUGUUGUUUCUGGUCACACAACUACUAUGAAGAUAG